AUGGCAGACAACAUGAACGGAAAGAGUGGCGAAGCUAGAAGCGUGCUGAUUUCUGGAGGGGCAAGAGGCAUCGGCAGAUCACUCGCCAGGAACUUCCUCCAGCGUGGAAACAAAGUCUUCAUCCUUGACAUUGACGAGGAGGAACUCUAUCACACGACCAAUGUCCACCUCAAAGACUACGGCUCCCAAGUCUCUUCGGCCAUCUGCAACCUGCGAGACGUCUCGGACGUUCGCGCCAAAGUUAAGCAAGCAGCAGAGUUCCUCGGUGGGAGAAUCGAUGUGCUGAUCAACAAUGGCGGCAUCGCCACCCCCCACUGGAAGAACGGCAUGACGAUGGAGAAUCCCGAAGUGCUAGACCAAUGGCAAGCCUAUGUCGAGACCAACCUCACCGGUCCCUUCGCUUGCUCCUCCGCCUGCAUCCCGUACAUGAAAGUGACCAGCAAGGCCGACCUGGAGCACACAGCCUCCUCAGGACCCUGUAUCAUCCACGUCGGGUCCUUCCGCGCUCUGCAAUCUGAUCCCAACCAGGAGGGCUAUGCUAGUACCAAAGCCGGACAGCUGGGGUUGAUGCAUUCUAUGGCUGUGACGUGCCAGCAGUGGGGGAUCAGGGUCAACCUCGUCGCUCCUGGGAGGAUCAAGGUGGCGCAUGAGUGCAAGGAAGGCGAUGAGAAGGGUGUAUCGUUCGAGGAGAACCUGACGGAGGACGACAAGGACCAUCACCCGACCAAUAGGGCUGGCAGGCCUUCGGACAUCUGGCAGGCUGUGGAGUACCUUGUCAAGAGUGGAUUUGUAACAGGGCAGGACAUCACGGUCGACGGCGGGGUAACGAUUAAGAAGUGA